GCUUUCGCAGCGUCCCGAAGCUCGCGCCUCUCCCGGAAGUGCUUUUCCGUCAGUUCCGGUGAGUCCCAGGCUUCCGGGGCAAAGCGGCUGAGGCGGCUGUGGUGGCCGCUGUGAGGGGGCGUCGGCGGCUCCCACCAGCAACGUUUUCCGUCAGAGAGCUCUUGCGAGGCGAGGCGGAGGCGUCCACUAUGUUCUCCUUCAACAUGUUUGACCACCCGAUUCCCCGGGUCUUCCAGAACCGCUUCUCCACGCAGUACCGCUGCUUCUCCGUGUCCAUGCUUGCGGGGCCUAAUGACAGUAAUUAUGCCGCCUUCAGCCCUCGACCAACUCAGCCGACUUAACAUCACCUACCCCAUGCUUUUCAAACUGACCAACAAGAACUCAGACCGAGUGACACACUGCGGGGUGCUAGAGUUCGUGGCUGACGAGGGCAUCUGCUACCUCCCGCACUGGAUGAUGCAGAACCUGCUGCUGGAGGAGGGCGGCCUGGUUCAGGUGGAGAGCGUCAACCUGCAGGUGGCCACGUACUCCAAGUUCCAGCCGCAGAGCCCCGACUUCCUGGACAUCACCAACCCCAAGGCCGUAUUAGAAAACGCAUUGAGAAACUUCGCCUGUCUGACCACUGGGGAUGUGAUUGCCAUCAACUACAACGAGAAGAUCUACGAGCUGCGCGUAAUGGAGACCAAGCCGGACAGGGCUGUGUCCAUCAUCGAGUGCGACAUGAACGUGGACUUCGACGCUCCCCUGGGCUACAAGGAGCCGGAGAGGCAGGCCCAGCAUGAGGAGUCAGCAGAAGGCGAAGCUGAACACAGUGGCUACACCGGGGAGUUGGGCUUCCGUGCCUUCUCCGGCUCCGGAAACAGACUGGAUGGGAAGAAGAAGGGGGUGGAGCCCAGCCCCUCCCCAGUCAGGCCCGGAGACAUCAAGAGAGGAAUUCCCAACUACGAAUUUAAACUUGGUAAGAUCACGUUCAUCAGAAACUCCCGUCCGCUGGUCAAAAAGGUUGAGGAGGAUGAAGCUGGAGGCAGAUUCGUUGCUUUCUCUGGAGAAGGACAGUCGUUGCGUAAGAAGGGAAGAAAGCCAUAAGCCAGGACUGUUGACUGAUUGGAAAAUAAAAUAAUUGCAACAUG